CUACUAUAUAACAAAUAAUUUGAGGCCAUGACAAAGGAUGAUCCCCUGUCGGUGCGCGUUGCCUUGCGUAUCAGACCCAUGCUGUCUCAUGAAACAUCCAUUGCUUGCCAGCCAUGUAUAUCAGUGGUACCAGGGGAGCCACAAGUUGUAGCAGGAGGAAAAGAGUUCACAUACGACUACGUGUUUGACAGCGAAACUGGGCAGUCACCUAUCUUUGAUAACUGUGUGACUCCACUCCUUGACAAGUUCUUUGCAGGGUAUAACUGUACUAUUCUGGCAUAUGGGCAAACAGGUGCAGGUAAGACACAUACGAUGGGUACAGCAGACACCAGUCCUAGUACGGAACACGACAAAUCAGGUGUUAUCCCUCGGAUUAUACAUGAGCUGUUCGGUAGGAUAUCUGAUAGACCUGAUAUCACAUACCGGCUUAAGGCUACUUACUUAGAGAUCCUGAACGAAGAGGUAAAAGAUCUGCUGACAGGGAACAUUUGUCAUAACGCAAUCAGAGAAAACCAUGAUGGAAGUAUUGUUAUACAUGGUCUCAAAGAGGCUCCUAUCAGUACAGUGAACGACUUGUACAGCUGUCUACAAGCUGGAUCUGAGAACAGAGCUGUUGCUGGGCAUGCUCUUAACGCGCAGUCUUCUAGGUCCCACGCGGUGUUCGCACUAAACCUAGAACAGCAACAAGGUGAAGCCAGUUCGGAUUCUUAUCUGAUCAGUAAAUUCAAUCUGGUGGAUUUAGCGGGGUCUGAAAGAGCUAAACGAACGAAAGCUUCCGGAGAGCGGCUAAGAGAAGGUAUAAACAUCAACAAGGGACUGUUAGCGCUGGGUAACGUUAUCAGCGCUUUGGGGGACACUGACAGAAAGACGGGAUAUGUACCUUACAGGGACAGCAAGAUUACCAGAGUCCUACAGGAUUCACUUGGAGGUAACAGUAUGACACUGAUGAUAGCGUGUUGCUCCCCUGCUGAUAGCAACCUAGAGGAAACAGUCAACACACUCAGAUACGCAGAUAGAGCCAGGAAGAUCAAGAACAAAGCAAUAGUAAACCGGGAUCCCAAGAUAGCAGAACUGCUAAUGCUGAGAAAAGAAAACGCAGAGUUGAAAGCUAAUCUAAUCAACAACGGAAGUAAUGUUGAUGUAACAGAGUUGAACACACUGCGCCAGCAAGUUGAAACGUUGAAAAGUGAAAAUGAAGCUUUACUGUCUCAGCUCAGGGGAAGUGAUCACAGCACUACAGAGAAACUGACCCAGCUAGCUGAGCUGCUGUGUGUUACACAAAUAGAGCGAGAUUCUUUGAGGGACAAGUUUAGUGAACUGCAACAGAGUGGUGUCAUACCGUUACAAAAAGAUGAAACACUGGACGAGAGUGCGCUGAGCGCCUCCCUCAACGAAAGUGGGGAGCAAGUAAGCGCUGACGAAGCGCUAAAAGCCGACACUAAGCGACGGGAGAUAGGGGAGAAGUUGCAGGCUCUCUCAGAGCAGCUUAACUCACAUGAACUGUAUGCUAAGUCGCUUCAGGGGAAUGAUGAGACCUUCUCUAUUCUGAGGGAGCAAUAUCAGAACAACGUAGCCUCGCUUAACGGAGAGAUAAGCGAUCUAAACACUCAGAAAACGGAACUUGAAAACAAAAUCAAAGAAUUAGAAAAAGGGUCAGGUAACAAGAAGUUAAUACAACAGAAGAGUGAGAACUUGUCAGCACUUCAACACCAGAUAUCCGAGUUACAGACAAAGUGCAGGGAGAACGAACGACUUCUCAAGAUCAAAAAAGGUAAUGACACAGAAUUGCAGAAGCUUGCAAAGGAGAUCCAGGAAAUGAAGAAACACAGAGUUGAUCUUCUGAAGAACAUGAGAGCUGAAAACAAGAAGUUCCAGCAGUUUAAAAACGCUAAGAAUAAAGAAAUAGUACAGCUCAAGAGGUUCGAAGAGAGAAAGAGAGCAGACCUGUAUAAACAAGCUGCAGCUCAACAAAGAUCAGCUAAUGUUAUGAAACGGCGCUACGAGGAGGCGCAGACAAUGAACAAGAGACUUAAAGAGACUAUGGAGAAACAACAGAAAGCUAUUUCUAAACGGGUUGGUCCUGGGAAAUCUCUUGAUGUAAAGGGGCUUAUAAAGGGUCACAUUGACAUGAGAAUUACAAAGGAGAUGGCACGUGAAGCUAUUGAUAUGUUUAUUGAGCAGAGAAAGAAGUUACAUGACAGUUUACAGGCCCUUAAGAAGCUACCCAAAUCUGAGUCAGUAGCUGAGGACGUAGCUGAUGUUGACCGUCAAAUUAAAUUCAAAUCACAACAAAUAUCCAGUCUACAGAGCGAAGUUAUGAAAUCUGAUCAAAGUGCUGCUAGAAAUGAUAUCUUUAAGCAGCUUAGUAAUAUUGGGGACUGUAAAACUGGUUUAAAAUGGUUGUGCAGCGCAGCAGUUGAUAAUCAUCUCCGAGAGAACACAUUGAAACGGGAGCUGGAGAUGGAGGACUCUGAGAAAGCGCGGUUACAGGAGGAAAUAGCUGCUAUAGAGAUGAACUACGAGGAUGCUAAGAAGCAGGCCGAGGAGAAGGAGAUGGAAAUGAGAAAAGAAUUUCAGAUGACGGUUAGAACACUAGAAGUUCAAAACAAACGCCUGAAAUCCCUGCGAACUAACCAGCCAGCAGCUGUGAAAGCCAAGGAGGUAUUCCGACGACAAUUCGUCAGAAACGAUUCAUUCGGCUCUCUGAGUGAAAUGUCUGACACCGAAAGUAACGCUGAUAUAGACGACUCAUGGUAUGAGGAUAACAAAGAUAUUGUUGUUGAACUGGAGAAUGUCGGUUUGAAAACUCCGCGGAGUGUUAAAAAGGUGCUGAAACGGAGGACGUCCAAACUGGAGAAACCUGGGUGUGGGUGCAAGGGUAACUGUGGGUCCAAGCAGUGUGGGUGUGUUAAAUUAGACGGACCGUGUGGGAACCUGUGUAAAUGCAAUGUGGAGAGAUGUAAGAACCGGCCUGAUAAAAAGGAUCCUGAUCUAGAGAUAUCCCUAGAGGUUCCGAGGAUGAACCUAAACUCAAUUAUGGAGAGUGAUGCUGAGUCGGAAAAGGAAAACAUGACUGGGAAUUUUAGCGAGGAUUCAGAUUUCGAGCUGUUAAAAAACAAACGAAAACCGUCCAAAGAGGGAAAAAGAAGUAGUAGUGAAAAAGAAGAAAUAGGGAAAAAGAAGUUGAGAGUCAGCGAGAACAAGCGUUGAUGAAUGUAUAGAUAUAACGUAUACGAUACAGACAUUUGUUCUUACCAAAUUCAAAGUAAGGAUCUAAAAGAGGACCAAGAAUGAAGACCUUGUGAGAAAACGUGAAAAGAAUUGUGCUUCCUUCAUCGAGAAGUAUUUUUUUAAUUGUGCCGAGCUGAGCAAUUUGAAACUGAAACCUGAACGCCAAUGUGAUAGACAGGUAUUUAUGUUUUGAAGGGUAAAGUAACAUUGUUGAGCAACUUCACGAGCCGUUGUCGGAUACUAGUACCAACUUAGAACGUUUCAAUUGUUAGACUGCUGCUACCACUACAAUAGCCUGCAUUAUUUUGUACUGUAAUAAUUCCAUAAGUUAAUUCAUAGGAUAUUAGAUUAAGUUGCAUAUUUAUUAGUUCGCUUUGUUAUUCUUAAAAUAAAAUUAUGAUUGAAUUAAUAUGAUCGAUCUUUAUUCAAUUUUAAAUUUUCUAUUGUGAAUAUAGUUAACACCCUAAGCAGCUGUCUUGGGGGAAUGCUCAUUUUUUGUUAGUGCUUUUUUAAUGUUUGACACGAAUUUGAGCAUGUAAGAAAAUUUUCGAUUGAUUGACAAAUGACAGUGUUAUGUUCCAG